ACAAUAAGAAAUUCAAAGUAAAUCUAGAAAAUCACAACCGAAGCAUCUCUACUCCUCUCCAGACCUAAGAAGAACUGAGAAUUGGUCAGAGUGUCUUCUCCCCAUUUCCAUUCAAUUCAACCUUUGAAUUUGAUCGCCGCCAUGUCACCACCUUCUUCAUCUUUCCCUUCUCUCCCAACGGCCUCCUCCUCCUCUUCUUCCUUUCCCUGACCUCCUCCUCCCAAACCCUAACCCUUGAAAAAGAGCGAUGCCGAGUGUUGCCGUGAAGCUCUACAGCGUAUUCUUCAAGCUCCUGCUCAAACACCGCCUUCAGUCCCGCGUCGACGCCGCCGCCGACGAAUUCGGGAUCACUUCCCGCCCAGAAGAGUCCACCGCACCAGCAAAUCCGUCCUUUGCCGCCGACGGAAUCGCCACCAAGGAUAUCCACAUCGACCCACUCACAGCCCUCUCCCUCCGCAUCUUUCUACCCGAUCCUUCCCACCAAGUCCGUCCUGCAUCAAGCCCUGACCUCUCCUUACGCGCCAACGGCCACUUCGCUGGCGCUUCCACUGUCGUAGCCGACCGUCGCAGCUACGAAGACCCCGGAUCCGUUGCUGCGUAUCGAGGAUACCUUCCUUCUCCUGGCAUCCGCCACAACGCCUUCUCACGCAGGCUUCCGGUGAUCUUGCAGUUCCACGGUGGUGGGUUCGUUUCCGGUAGCAAUACAUCCACGGCGAACGAUUUCUUCUGCCGUAGGAUCGUGAAGCUGCUCGAUGUGAUUGUGAUCGCCGUAGGCUACAGAUUGGCUCCGGAAAGUAGGUAUCCUGCUGCUUUUGAUGAUGGGAUCAACGUGCUGCAUUGGUUAGCCAAACAAGCCAAUUUGGCGGAAUGUAACAGAUCGAUUGGAAAUCAACGGAGUGGCGAUGCAAGGAAGAUGGAUAGGCAGAGGCAUAUUGUAGAUGCGUUUGGGGCUGCCACUGUUGAGCCUUGGCUUGCGGCUCAUGCUGAUCUAUCGAGAUGUGUUCUUCUUGGGGUUAGCUGUGGCGCCAACAUUGCUGAUUUCGUCGCACGGAAGGCAGUCGAGGCUGGAAAACUCCUCCAUCCCAUCAAGAUCGUCGCGCAGGUUCUCAUGUAUCCCUUUUUUAUAGGAAAUGCUCCAACCCAUUCGGAAAUAAAGCUCGCCAAUUCUUACUUCUACGACAAAACCAUGUGCAUACUUGCCUGGAAGCUCUUUCUACCCGAAGAGGAGUUCAACCUCGACCAUCCGGCAGCGAACCCCCUGGUGCCGGGAAGGCGGCCGCCACUUAAAUUCAUGCCCCCAACGCUCACAGUCGUGGCCGAUCACGACUGGAUGAGAGACCGAGCGAUCGCAUACUCUGAAGAGCUCCGCAAGGUGAAUGUGGACGCUCCAGUUCUCGAGUACAAGGAUACAGUUCAUGAGUUCGCCACCCUUGACAUGCUCCUCAAGACGCCUCAGGCUCAGGCCUGUGCCGAGGAUAUAGCAAUUUGGGUGAGGAAAUAUAUAUCAACCAGAGGUCAUGAGUUCUCAUAUUAGAUUGUCUUGAGAAGACUUUUGCAGCAGUUUUAUGUAUCAUUAUCUGAAUAUCAAAAUGAGUGGUUGGUUCUAUAAAAGCCAAUUUAUGGUUAGGAAUUGUGUUGUGCAUCUUCCAUCACAAGCUUUUAGGUCUAGUCCAUAUUUUACUCUUGUUCUUUAUUCUUUUGUUGGGGCAUGUGGUGCACUAGAUGGGGCAAAAAAUGUUUUCUUGAGCUUGUAGCUGAAAAUCAUUAGGUGUUGGACAGUUGGU